AUGGGUAUCUCUCGCGACUCCCGUCACAAGCGCUCCGCCACCGGUGCCAAGCGUGCCUACUACCGGAAGAAGCGCGCUUUCGAGGCUGGCCGCCAGGGUGCCAACACCCGUAUCGGCGCCAAGCGCGUGCACACCGUCCGCACCCGCGGCGGCAACCACAAGUACCGUGCCCUCCGCCUCGACUCGGGCAACUUCGCCUGGGCCUCCGAGGGCUGCACCCGCAAGACGCGCGUCAUCGCCGUCGCCUACCACCCCUCCAACAACGAGCUGGUCCGCACCAACACCCUGACGCGCUCCGCCGUCGUCCAGGUCGACGCCGCCCCCUUCCGCCAGUGGUACGAGGCCCACUACGGCCAGCCCAUCGGCCGCCGCCGCCAAAAGGCCCAGGGCAUCAAGGAGGACGAGGUCAAGCGCUCCAAGUCGGUCGAGAAGAAGCAGGCCGAGCGCUUCGCCGCCCGCGGCAAGGUCGAGCACCCCGUCGAGAAGCAGUUCGAGGCCGGUCGCCUCUUCGCCAUCAUCUCCAGCCGCCCCGGCCAGUCCGGCCGCUGCGACGGCUACAUCCUCGAGGGCGAGGAGCUCGCCUUCUACCAGAAGAAGCUCCACAAAUAA